ACACAUUACAGCAGUCAGACGGAUCUGCGCGGACGCAGAGCUGAUGCGCCGGGGGCACGGCUCCGCCCGCAAGACCCCCGUGAAUAAUAACAAGGGAUCGUGUCUCCGAUCCACCCGGACGAGCGAGGAAUCCCGACGAGGAGGCGCCUCACAAGGGAGCGCGUGACGACAGAGGACCGGGCGGAGGGGGGCGCCGGAGGAACCCGAGAGCGCGGUGUUAUUUUUAAGGAUGAGGACCGACGGGCACGGACGGCAGGGAAAACAUGGCACACCCACCGCGCCAGGCGUGGAGUUCUCCGACAGCAGCAGCUCUCUCAGGAAGGAAGGUCUCGACGGCGAGUCCUGGUGACCGACCCCUCGGACGAGUCCAGAUCUGAGCGAGAGAAUCAUGCAGUGCAGACGGCGGGGCUGCUGCACCCGGGCGGCGGGGUUAUCGUUCGUAUUCGCCGCCGCCGUCCUGCUCAUCUUCGCCCAGCAAGCGAGAAAAACCCAGAGCGCAGCGAGAGAGAAGAAGAUCGAGGAGGCGAGACCUUCGUCCACGAGGUCUGUCCUGAACCUGACCCUCGGGGCUGUUUCGGGGGCCCGUAUUCAGCAGGACGUGAAGCACCCGCUGGGUUCAAACGGAAGUCUGAGCGAGGAGAUCGACUCGGAACAAAUCCUCAAAACAGAACCUUAUAAAUACAUCCAUAACGAGCCGGAGAAGUGCCGGAGAGGGAGUCCGUUCCUCGUCCUGAUGAUCACCGUCAACCCGGACGAUUACGCCGCCAGAGCCGCCAUCAGGCAGACGUGGGGGAACGAGAGCGCCGUUAAGGGGUCAGGACUCGUCCGGAUCUUCCUUUUGGGCGUAAAAAACGUUGCGUAUGGACCCCACGUCCAGCUCCAAAACUCCAUCAAGGAGGAAAGCCAAAAGUUUCAGGACAUCGUUCAGCAGGAGUACGUCGACUCUUAUUACAACCUGACCAUCAAGACGCUGAUGGGGAUGCACUGGGUGGCAACGUACUGCCCCAACGCCAGUUACGUCAUGAAGACCGACAGCGACAUGUUCGUCAACACGGAGUACCUGAUCCAAAAACUGCUGGAGCCGAAAAAACCCCCGAGACGAUUGUACUUCACCGGGUACCUCAUGAGAGGCUUCAAGCCCAACCGGGACAAGAACAGCAAGUGGUACAUGUCGCCGGAGCUCUACGCCAGCGAGACCUACCCCAACUUCUGCUCGGGCACCGGGUACGUGUUCUCCGCCGACGUGGCGGGGCGCAUCUACCAGGCGUCCCUGAGCAUACGCAGGCUGCACCUGGAGGACGUCUACGUAGGAAUCUGCCUGGCCAAACUGCACAUAGAUCCCGUCCCGCCGCCCAACGACUUCCUCUUCAACCACUGGAAGGUCUCGUAUUCCAGCUGCAAGUACAGCCAGCUCAUAACCUCUCAUCACUUCCGUCCGGCCGAGCUGAUCAACCAGUGGAGGCACCUGCAGAAGACCAAACACGCCGCCUGUGGCAGGAGGACCACGUGAAGGACUCCACGGGGGAUCGUUAUCCACAAGAGAACUUUGGACUUCCACUGUUCCACAGACCAGCCCCCAGUAAACAUCUGCGGCCCUUGAGAAAACCAGCAAGUCUUUAUUUAUUAUUUUUAAUGAACUUCCCUUCGUUUGAACCUUCGACCCUUCGGACUCGAGCAAUUUUGACUUUUUUUUAGGCUAAAAUGACCCUCAAGCAAUCAGAAACGGAGCUGUGACGGCGAUGGAUAAGCAUAGGCAACGUCUAAGAACCCAAGCUUUCCCAUGGAACGCUUACAGACUGAAAUAAACCAAGACUAAGACAAAACUAGGCUAAAAUGAACCCUAAUCAAUCAAAAUUAAGCUGCGACGGCAAGGGAUAAGCAUAGGCAACGUCUAAGAGAAGGAAAGCACCACACAUUUCAGCGUCAGUUCAAGCGAACAGACACUAGGUGGCGGUAAAAUCCAAGCUUUCCCGUGAAAUGCUUUUAGACUGAAAUUAACCAAGACAAAACUGGGCUAAAAUGACCCUUAAUCAAUCAGAAACUAAGCUGCGAUGGCGACGGAUAAGCAUAGGCAAAGUCUAAAAGAAGGGAAGUGUGUAGUUUCCUUAAAAACAUCACCACGGUGGAGUAAAAGCAGACGUACCAGCUCAAAAAUGUCUCGCUUUAGCAACAACAGUCCUGUUCGCUCAUCUACUUUGGGUCGUAUUAGGCUGCAUUGACGGACAAACACCGGUAUCGAAAGCUGCCUAGCUGUAGCACCACACAUUUUAGUGUCAGUUCAAGCGUACAGCCACUAGGUGGCAGUAAAACCAAGCAGAAAAAACGUCUCGCUUUAGCAACGACCGUCCUGUUCACGAUAAAUCGCUCGUCUACUUUGGGUCGUAUUAGGUUGCGUUCGAGGACGAACACCGGUUCGAAGGCCGCCUAGCCGUAGCACCACACGACACCACACAUUUCAGUGCCAGUUCAAGCGUACGGGCACUAGGUGGCAGUAAAACCCAAGCUUUCAUCAUAGAAUGCUUUCAGACUGAAAUAAAUCAAGGCUAAGACAAAACUAGGCUAAAAUGACCCUUAAUCAAUCAAAAACUGAGCUGCAAGGGUGACGGAUAAGCAUAGGCAAUGUCUAAGAGAAGGGAAGUGUGUAGUUUCCUUAAAAACAUCACCAGGUUGGAGUAAAAGCAGACGUACCAGCACAAAAACAUCUCGCUUUAGCCACGGCCGUCCUGUUCACGGUAAAUCACCGGUUCGAAAGACGCCUAGCUGUAUAACCACACAUUUUAGUGUCAGUUCAAACGUACGGCCACUAGGUGGCAGUAAAACCAAGCAGAAGAAACAUCUUGCUUUAGCAACAUCAGUCCUGUUCGCGAUAAAUCGCUCGUCUACUGUUGGCCGUAUUAGGUGGAGGUAAAACCCACGCUUCCUUAUUGAAUGCUUUCAGACUGAAAUAAAGAUGAAACUAGGCUGAAAUGACCCUUAAUUGACCAGAACCUGAGCUGCAAGGGCGACGAAUAAGCAUAGGAAACAUCUAAGACAAAAUGCUUGUCUACUUUGGGUCGUAUUAGGCUGCAUUCCAGGAUAAACACCGCUUCGAAAGCCGUAGCUCCACACGAGUUACGCAUUUCAGCGUCAGUUCAAGCGUACGGACACUAGGUGGAGGUAAAAACCCAAGCUGUUGGACGUAUCUGAGCACUGUGCUUUCAUUCCUCUAACUACAGGAUUUUGCUUUGACUGUCAUUUUAUCAUUUUAUUCUAUUUUUUUAAUAAAAAGGAACGACCUCGCAACGUCAACAACAGAGAGACUAACGAAGAUUCUAAUGCGCCGUUCACCAUCCUACAAUAACGUUCGAGGAUUAAACUGUGAUUACUGUGUGACGUUACAGGGUUUAUUCAGUGGUUUUGGGCAUUAUUAUUAAUAAUAUUAUUAUUUAUAGUGACAUUUUAAUUCACUUUGCUCACUAGCACCAGCAUUGCAGUUAUUAUUUAUUACCUUGUUUAUUUCCUUUAUUACUCAGUUUAUUAUUUAUUUUUAACCAUUUCUUGUGUGUCUAGCUCUAUAAUUUAGACUUUUAAUCAAAUACCUCAUGCUUAACUUGUUUUAAUGGCCGGUACACGUCCGAACGUUUGCCUACCUCCCAAAUAAAACCCUAACUGGAUUAA